AUGGAAGCUGGAAGCUCCAAGCUCCGUCCGGCAGACGCAACGCAGCACAAUCCACCGGCCGUUCUCUACUCCAUCAGCGCUUGCGCCGCGGCUUGCUACCGAAUCAUCACUCCUGAUCCAGACAACUGGCCCACUGCCAUUGUACCGCUUGCGGCCGGUUCCCCCACCACAUCCCAUCGUCUGUCUAUCCGUCUCCUUACUCUGGGCACCCACGGCCCUUCCCCAGCUGCGAUGGCCUCCAAGAAGAAGUCAGUGCCUACCGACGACGAGCUUGGCGAGCUCUUCUCGGGCAUCGGCGACGACAGCGGCCCCAAGAAGUCGGCCAAGCCCAAGUCGGCUGCCUCCAAGGCCCGCGGCGACAAGGCCGAGGACGACAUCCUGGCCGAGCUCGAGAACGAGCUGGGCGACCAGCCUGCCCGCCCUCACACGCCGCGCAUCAAGGAGCAGCUGGCGCCCAAACGUACCAGCACUGCAACACCUCCGCCGGCGGCGGCCGGCCGUCUGUCCGAGGAUAAGCCCAGCGUCGCCCGCAAGUCGGGCGAGAGCACCCGAUCGUACCAUGCCAGCUUCACGCCGAGUGCCACCAGCUCCGACCUUCAGGAUGCCGAGAAGAAAGGCCCUGUAGAGCAGACUGCCGCCCCUGCUGCCGCCGCCGCCCCUGCCUCUGGGGGAGGUGGAUGGUGGGGAGGCAACUGGGGCGGCAUUGUCGCGUCGGCCACUGCGACCGCUUCCGCUGCCAUGAAGCAGGCCGAGGCAGCUUACAAGGAGAUCCAGCAGAAUGAGGAGGCCAAGAAGUACAUGGAGCAGGUCAAGGGCAAUGUGGGCUACAUCAGAAGCUACGGCGACGAGUUGCGGCACCGAGCUCUCCCAACCUUUACCAACAUUCUGCACACUCUUGCACCGCCGAUCUCGUCCCACGAGCGCUUGCUGAUUCACAUCACCCACGACCUCGUCGGCUACCCAUCCCUGGACCCCCUCAUCUAUGGCGUCUUCAGCCGUGUCAUGUCCCAGGUCGAGGGAGGAGACUUACUGGUCAUCCAGCGAGGUCACGAGAGCACCGCUCGUCGUGCCUCUGACGCUGCCUUUUACACCGCGUCUUCGUCGUCCGCCGGCUGGCGCGACGGCCCUUGGUGGCGUCAGGUGGACACCCCGAGGGACCUCGGUUCAGUUAAGGGGCUGGUUGAGGGUUCAAAGCUGUGUCGCGUAUCGGCGGAGAGCUAUGCACACGAUUUCUUCGCUUCCAAAGGCGGUAUUGCCGAGGUGCAGAAACGCGCACUUGAGCCCGUCAGCGACGAAAACCCAGUGAGAACGAGCGACAUCUUCCUUGCCGUGCAGGCCAUCACUGUCGACGCAGAUUCGGCCUUGUUCGCUGGCAGCACAGCUGGCGAGAAGGAGAAGGAAGAGAGUGCCGUUGCAGAUGCCGCCGGCGAUACUCAGAUCUGCUUCGCUGUAUACGUCUUCGACCCUGUCCACGAUAUUACAUUCAGCACCAUUUCGCAGGACAUCCCGGCCAAGUGGAUCCAGUGGCUCGAUGCGCCUAGUCCUCUUACUCCUGCCAGCGGUGACACCGAGGAGCAGCAGUCCCCCAACGAACUCAUGCUCGUGCCCGAUGAGAUCCGUGAGAUUGUCGAGAACGGUGGGGUUGACCCGAGGGAGUGGGUUGCUGAGUGGGUCGAGGAGGCCCUCAGCCUGAGUGUGGGCGUCGUUGCGCAGCGUUAUGUAGCCCGGAGGAUGGGUGUUGGCGAGGGUGGACUUGGGAAGGGCAAGCAGAAGAUUGAUUCUAUUAUGCAGGAGGGCGGUGGCGAGGCUGCCAGAGCUGGUCUUAUCUAG